AUGGGCAUAUUACUCUGUAGUGUAUACAUCCCCUCCACCCAUUUUGUACCACCCAUGCAAAGACUACAGUCAGGUAUGAGGUUUAACAGAGAUGCUUCUAUAAAGAUCCUAGACUGUGAUUUUGAGCACGGCAAUUGUGGGUACACCCCAAUUCCAGGCUCUGGGAUACUCCAUAUACAAUGGGAGAUCGGCCCUGUAUUCACGGAAGGUUGGACUGGAGGUUACACGAUUUCAAAAGAUGGACCUAAAACUGACCAUACCCUCGGCACAAAAACAGGUCACAUGAUGUAUGCAAGGAGCGUGAUCCUUUCUCAAAACAUCGCCAUGAUAAAAUCACCCGUGAAGACAUUCCAGCUGUGUUACCUCAACUUUUUCUACCACAUGGGAUCGACAAGCUUAGGCUUCCUCAACGUCUCCAUUGUGUCUCAAACUGGAGGAGAACUUCAGGGGAACACGGUUUUCUCCCUUUAUGGAUCUCAGGGCGCCACUUGGCAGAGGGCGAGGAUAUCAAUUGAACACGCAACGAGAGUUGUCCCUUACUUGGUGGUCUUCUCCGCCUCACCGCCUGCUAAUGUACUUGGUGUGGCAGGAUACGCUAUAGACGAUAUCACUGCUGAUACUUGCCCUUGCAUGGAUGUCUCGUGUCAAAAUGGCGGCACCUGUAUGAACUUACCCAAUGACUUCCAGUGUGAUUGUGUUCCGGGGGCUUCUGGGAGAUUGUGCGAAACCAUUAUCGAUGUUUGUGCUGCACGUGAGCCAUGUCAAAAUGGCGGCAAUUGCACGGGGACUAACAAAACCUUCACGUGUUCUUGUACAUCCGAAUUUAACGGCACAACCUGUGACUACCAGAUUGACCCGUGUAAGCCUUCGCCAUGCCAUCAUGACGCCAAAUGUUUCACCAUCGGAAGACGUUUCUCGUGUGACUGUCCACUUGGAUUUACAGGUACAACUUGUGAUGAAAAUAUUGAUGAUUGUAUCAAAAAUGAGUGCAAAAAUGGCGCCACUUGCAAAGACGGGAUAAACAAAUAUAAAUGCGAAUGUGUACCCGGUUUUACUGGUGACAAAUGUGAUAAAAAUAUUGACGACUGCCAAAAUAACACAUGCCAAAACGGCGCUACCUGUAAAGACGGCAUUAAUGGAUACAUGUGUGUCUGUAUAUCCGGUUUCUCUGGUGACAAAUGUGAAAUAAAUACUGAUGAUUGCCAAAAUAACACAUGCCAAAACGGCGCUACCUGUAAAGACGGCAUUAAUGGAUACAUGUGUGUCUGUGUGUCCGGUUUCUCUGGUGACAAAUGUGAAAUAAAUACUGAUGAUUGCCAAAAUAGCACAUGCCAAAACGGCGCUAGCUGUAAAGACGGCCUUAAUGGAUACACGUGUGACUGUGUGACCGGUUUUACUGGUGACAAAUGUGAGACAAAUAUUGAUGAUUGCCAAAAUAACACAUGCCAAAACGGCGCUACCUGUAAAGACGGCAUUAACAAAUACACAUGUGACUGUGUUACCGGUUUUACUGGUGACAAAUGUGAAAUAAAUACUGAUGAUUGUCAAAAUAACACAUGCCAAAACGGCGCUACCUGCAAAGACGGCAUUAACAAAUACACAUGUGACUGUGUUACCGGUUUUACUGGUGACAAAUGUGAAAUAAAUACUGAUGAUUGUCACAAUAACACAUGCCAAAACGGCGCUACCUGCAUAGACGGCAUUAACAAAUACACAUGUGACUGUGUUACCGGUUUUACUGGUGACAAAUGUGAGACAAAUAUUAAUGACUGCCAAAAUAACACAUGCCAAAACGGCGCUACCUGCAAAGACGGCCUUAAUGGAUACACGUGUGACUGUGUAUCCGGUUUUUCUGGAAGCAAAUGUGAAAUAAAUACUGAUGAUUGUCAAAAUAGCACAUGCCAAAACGGCGCUACCUGUAAAGACGGCCUUAAUGGAUACAUGUGUGUCUGUGUGUCCGGUUUCUCUGGUGACAAAUGUGAAAUAAAUACUGAUGAUUGCCAAAAUAGCACAUGCCAAAACGGCGCUACCUGUAAAGACGGCAUUAAUGGAUACAUGUGUGUCUGUGUGUCUGGCUUUACUGGUGACAAAUGUGAGACAAAUAUUGAUGAUUGCCAAAAUAACACAUGCCAAAACGGCGCUACCUGCAAAGACGGCAUUAAUGGAUACAUGUGUGACUGUGUAUCCGGUUUUUCUGGUAGCAAAUGUGAAAUAAAUACUGAUGAUUGCCAAAAUAGCACAUGCCAAAACGGCGCUACCUGUAAAGACGGCCUUAAUGGAUACAUGUGUGUCUGUGUGUCCGGUUUCUCUGGUGACAAAUGUGAAAUAAAUACUGAUGAUUGUCAAAAUAACACAUGCCAAAACGGCGCUACCUGUAAAGACGGCCUUAAUGGAUACACGUGUGUCUGUGUGUCUGGUUUUACUGGUGACAAAUGUGAGACAAAUAUUGAUGAUUGCCAAAAUAACACAUGCCAAAACGGCGCUACCUGUAAAGACGGCAUUAACAAAUACACAUGUGACUGUGUUACCGGUUUUACUGGUGACAAAUGUGAAAUAAAUACUGAUGAUUGUCAAAAUAACACAUGCCAAAACGGCGCUACCUGCAAAGACGGCAUUAACAAAUACACAUGUGACUGUGUUACCGGUUUUACUGGUGACAAAUGUGAGACAAAUAUUGAUGACUGCCAAAAUAACACAUGCCAAAACGGCGCUACCUGCAAAGACGGCAUUAAUGGAUAUUCGUGUGACUGUGUGACCGGUUUUACUGGUGACAAAUGUGAGACAAAUACUGAUGACUGCCAAAAUAACACAUGCCAAAACGGCGCUACCUGUAAAGACGGCCUUAAUGGAUACACGUGUGUCUGUGUGUCCGGUUUUACUGGUGACAAAUGUGAAAUAAAUACUGAUGAUUGUCAAAAUAACACAUGCCAAAACGGCGCUACCUGCAAAGACGGCCUUAAUGGCUACACGUGUGACUGUGUAUCCGGUUUUACUGGUGGCAAAUGUGAAAUAAAUACUGAUGAUUGCCACAAUAACACAUGCCAAAACGGCGCUACCUGCAAAGACGGCAUUAACAAAUACACAUGUGACUGUGUAUCCGGUUUUACUGGUGGCAAAUGUGAAAUAAAUACUGAUGAUUGUCAAAAUAACACAUGCCAAAACGGCGCUACCUGUAAAGACGGCCUUAAUGGAUACAUGUGUGUCUGUGUGUCCGGUUUCUCUGGUGACAAAUGUGAAAUAAAUACUGAUGACUGCGAAAAUGUCACAUGUCAAAACGGCGCUACCUGCAUAGAUGGCCUUGACACAUUUACGUGUGCAUGCCAGUCUGGAUUCAGUGGCAGACUGUGUGAGACUAACGUUGACGACUGCGACCCAAAUCCUUGUGAAGAUGGCACGAUAUGUAUUGACGGCGUCAACAAUUACACAUGUCAUCACACACUUCUACCGACCACAGUGACCACGACUAUGACACCGGCACGAAUGUCCUCCCCUUCUAACAUCAACAACACCAAUGUAACGUAUACACUGGACCAAACUACCACCGAACCUGUCGGUGGAAUUUCAAGUGUAAGCGUUAAGAUAGGCACAACAUCCAAUAUCCCUGAUACCGGUACGCCUUCCGUCACUUCGGGGACCACGCUCUCCACGACGGACUCCGGGAAAGUAGGAGAAAACCAGGCCCAGCAAGGUUCUGUCCGCCCAUCCGUGAUCGCUGGGGCAAGCGCGGGAGGAGUCGCCAUCAUCGCUCUGGCUGCACUGCUUAUAUGUCUCAUGAAAAGGCGAAACAAGUUUUCUGAUAUCUUAGAUGAUGCUAACACAACGGCAAACGGCGGGGCAACCUUACAAACCAUCCAAAUGAGAGAUCUUUGA